CUCUCUCUCUCUCUCUCUCUCUCUCUUCGCUCGCUCUCGCUGACUCUCACUUUUUGAAUGAGCGACACGGCGACACAGCUCGACGGGUACUACCGCGCCGUCAAAGCGCUGAUUCUGUCGCGGCAGAGCCCGACGACAGGCCUGUUUCCGCGCAAUCCGCUGCGGCAGGACGCCUGGGUGCGCGACAAUGUGUUUGUCGUGAUGCCGGUCGUAGCGCUGGCAGUGGCCUACCGCGCAGUGGACCACGACGGCGGCAGACGGCACGAGCUCGAGCACUCGGCCAUCAAGUGCAUGCGCGGUCUCUUGUUCAGCAUGAUGAGCCAGGCUGCCAAGGUCGAGGAGUUUAAGCGCACGCAGUCCACCAAGAGCGCCCUCAACGCCAGGUACAAUGCCGUGGCAGGCGACGCGUCCUCAUACACGGCUGCUCCGUGGGCUCCAUGGCCAAGCGAAUCGCAAGGAUCAAAUGGCGGCGGAUCGAGAGGAAGUGGCGCCGGACCAUCAUCAUCCUCCUCCUCCAGUGGUGGUGCAUCCAACCGAUCGUCAACGGGAGGUAGUGCUAGUGCUGCGGCUGCUGCUGCUGCUGCUGCUGCGGCGGCGGCGGCUGCUCCUGCUCCAGCGACAAACCACCUCCAGUUGGACGCAACGUCGCUCUUCCUGCUGCAGCUGUCGCAGAUGAUUCUGCUCGGUCUGCGCGUCAUUUACACAUCGGACGAGGCUGCGUUCGUGCAGAACGUCGUAUUCUACGUGGAGCGCGCGUACCGGACGCCCGAUUUCGGAAUGUGGGAGCGCGGCACCAAGGCGAACGUUGGCAGACCAGAGCUCAACGCCAGCUCGAUUGCCAUGGCCAAGGCCGCGCUGGAGGCCAUCAACGGCAUUGAUCUCUUUUGUCUCAGCGCAGGUGCGGCGCAGUCCACCAUGCACGUCGAUCCCGACGCACACAACCGCAACCGAACAAUCCUCGCGUCCCUGCUGCCGCGUGAAUCGAGCUCCAAAGAGACAGACGCAGCCCUGCUGGCCGUGCUCGGGUUUCCGGCAUUCGCUGUGGACGACGUGCAGCUUCGCGUCACGACGCAAAACCAGGUGCUAAGCACGCUGUCUGGGCGCUACGGCUUGAAGCGCUUCCAGCGCGACGGCUACGGCUCUGUGCUGGAAGAUGCCAAUCACCCAUUCUACUACGAGUCGACAGACUUGAAGAAAUUCGACGGCAUCGAGUGUCAAUGGCCGCACUUGUUUGUCCUGCUGAUGCUCGACGCGCAAUUCACGGGCAAGCAAGCCCAGUUUGUCAAGUACCGCGACCUGCUCGAGCCGCUGCUCAUCAAUCCCGAGGACCUGUCGCACCUUGUUGAACAGCAGCAGACCAGCGCACACUCGCGGCAGGCCAGUCCAUCGCAGCUGAGCGUUCUGCUUCCGCAAACCACCGCUGGCCCGCCCAAGGCCACUCCUGCCCAAGCCUUGCCUGGCGGAGGCAAAGUUGACUAUGCCACACUAUCGCCAGCAAUGUUGGACGCAAUCAAGUACGCCAAGGCAGCUCCGUCGUCGCACACUGGUGCCACGGCCGGCUGGAAACGUGCCAUCAAGCUCAUUCCUGCCUUUUACUGGCUUCCUCGCGACAGCAUUCUGCGCGAACGAGAGCAGCCUGGAUCGCAAGAAUACCUGCCAUCCCUCACGUCCGGACAUGCGCCUCUGCUCUAUGGCCAAGCCCUGUACCUCCUGAGCUGCUUGAUCGAGGACGGCUUGGUCAACGUGUCGGACAUUGACCCCGUCGGUCGGCAUUUGCCCCCGGUUGUUCGCCCGCGUCGCAACCUCCGUCAUUCGGCAUUCGCCAGCAUCAACUCUCGUCAAAAUUUGGUCGUUCAGGUCGCCCUCAUUGCCGAGACCGAGCAACUCCAGUCCGACCUCGCUACCUACGGCAUCACCACCCAGACGCCACAAGAAAUCGAUCCCAUCUCAGUCCGUCCGCCAUCUGUCCUGGUGGAUGUCUUUCGACGGCUCGGCGUCAACAGCAAGCUUGGCCUGAGCGGUCGUCCUCUCCGACCCAUGGGUGCUCUAGCGACUUCCAAGCUUUAUCGCAUCGGAGACCACAUUUUCGUCUUUUAUCCCAUCAUCCUGGAUAAGAGCGAUUUUUACAUGUCCAUGGACGAUUUGUUCCUGAUUGACGCCAUCAAAACGCAGCUGUCUUUUGUGUGCAAGAACUGGAACAUGGUGGGUCGUCCGACGGUGACGCUGCUCAUCCGCGAGCGAAGCAUCAAGAGUCGACAUUUCCAAAGUUUGCUCGAGUUCCUUGCCACCCUUCGUGAUGGCAUGUGUAAUGGCGUGCACGUCAUGCUUGGCCAGCUGCAGCAGUUCAUGUCGACUUCUUGUGUCGAAUACGUCGAUUUUGCGCGCACUUCUGCCCCUCCCAUCAAUCAGGAGCUCACACUCGAUGCCAGCGCGUCGGCUGCCAUAUCCGUUCCCUCCUCUGCUUCCCAUCCUCAGUUGGGCGAGCCGUUCAACAUUCUUGACAUGCAGUUCCAGCUACGGCCGCCGACCCCUGCAUCCCUACCGCCUGGCAGCCACCACCACCACCACCAGCAACAGCAACAGCAACAGCAACACCACCACCAUGGAUCAAGGCUCCCUCCUGGUGGGGUGCAGCGCUCCAUCACCGGCCUUUCCAACACUGCGUCGUCUGCCACUUCGACUCCACUUCAAGACCAUACCGAGUCGCAGUUUUCGCAGCCAAUCGAACCUCCAGCAGCGACUCCCCAGCCAUUCGCGCGCACCACGGCACCCUUUAUCAUCCCACCGCUGUCUCCUGCUGCACGGAUCUAUGCAGACAUGCGCGUGCGACAACAAAGCUCCCUCGGCCUUGACUUUGAGGACGAGCUUGCGCCCACCCGAGUGUUGGAGAGCGAUGAUGCGAUUUGCACGGCCGAUACCGAAGAUGAUGUUGCCGUGGAAGAUGAUGCCGUCUGCACGCAACCAACGCGCGGUGCCACGCACGACCUUGUGGCGCAACUGCAGACAUCGCGGAAGAUCAGCGAGCAGGUUGCCAUCUUGCUCACAUUGCUCCACAAUGAAGGCAAAAUGUUUGCUCUCACUGUUCAGGACAAGUCGACGACUGUCGGUGCUUUGCUCGACGAGUUGUACGAGCGCGCUGCCUUCCUUCUGCGUUGGUCGCUCGUCCGACAAAUCGCUGCCAGCCUUGGCAAGGUGGUCGACAGUUUGGCACCCUCAAUCACGGAAAUGCUCGUCCGCGGCAAGGUCGUCUCGCUCAGCUGCGCGGGUCACGACGAAUUUAUGAUCAGCGACCCCAUCACUCCCGCCGAGAUUCGGGACGCAAUCUACAAGUUUGCAACUCGGCAUGACAAACGCGAGGUGGUCUUGCUGCAAGAAAUGAUCAUUUACCUGGCCAGCUUCGUCUCUGCAGACCCUCACAUCUUCCAUGGCAUGCUUCGUGUUCGUGUCGGCUGGAUUAUCGAGGCCAUGAAAACCGAAUUAGCGCGGAGCUUCAACGUGAGCUCUCACAAGUGGGUGACUGCCAAGCUGAUGAGCCUCAGUCCUUUCGAAAUGAAGUCUUGGACCUUCCAAGUCCUCAGUCUGAACGACGAAGAGCUUGCACGAUCAAGAAGCAGUUCUGUCAGUUCGGUUGGUUCAGACAGCAGUUCCUCCGACCAAGAGAAGUCUCGGAAUCUCGAAAGCUCGCCAACCUCGCCGACGCCCUUUGAUGUUCUCCGAGGCAUGCAUGCCUUCCGCGCUUUGCGCAUCCGCGGUCGCUGGCUCCGUCGCCGCCAUCUGAAUGGCGCGUUGAAUCGCAUGCCGGACGAUUUCUAUCCGCGCGUUUGGCUCGUGCUUUCACGAACGCCUGGCAUAUCCUUUUCUGGUCACAUUUUGCCGCAAAUCCCAAUCAUCAACGACAUGACAGCCGGUGAACGUAACUUUGCCUUCAAGGUCGAGUCGCUGCUGAACAACAUCAUCGUGCCAGAGUAUCGAGCCGUCGUUGUGGAGCUUCUCGUUGUACUCGCAAUGAUUCUUGAGCGCAAUCCUGAACUGCGCUUUGCCCAAGUCAUCCAGCUCGAAAAGCUCAUUUACGAAGCAGUCGAUUUGUUCUAUGCGGAACACAACAAUCCAAACUCUACCGCGCCCGCUGCCAUGCUCGAUCUCGAUGAUUCGAUCGACGUCACUGGCGAUCCCACACUUACGGGCAAACCUCGGAACAAGGCCAUGCUUGCAUUCUUCAACACUCCUCCGUACGGCCCAUUUGGAACGACCAACUACCUGGCCAAAGUCGUUGUCAAUGUCGUUCAAUGGUCUUCCAUAACGGUGGAGAAUUCCUCCUGCUGCAUUUCCUGAGGCGCGUUUGUUUGUUUUGCUUGCUUGUUGUUUUUGCUUGCUUGUUGUUUUGCUUUUGUGAAUAUGAGAGUUCAGUUGGCCUUC